UAUAGUUACAUACAUUGGUAAAAUGUGAGGAAACAAUGCCUGCGUGCUGCUGUACGAGAUAAUCUUAACAGCAAGUAUUGCUUGCGAAAGAUAGUUGCUUCUGUUUUGUGAUGGCUGAAAUCUGAUUCUGUUCAGUGUUUUAGGACAUGGAGUUAAGUUUAUCUAACACGUUAUUAGCCGGUGAUCCACGAUUAAUCGAUCAUAUAGUGGGUGAAGUUAAGUCCCAAGGCAUUUUUGAUCAGUUUCGCAAAGAAUGUAUUGCUGAUGUUGAUACAAAGCCAGCGUAUCAAAAUCUAAGAACAAGAGUUGAAGGGUCUGUAAACUCUUUUCUUAGUAAACAAACAUGGAAGCCAGAUCUGAACAAGAAUCAACUCAGGGAAACUUUGCGCAAACAUAUACACGAUGCACCAUACUUAGAUGCUGGUGUAGAACGAAUAGUGGAUCAGGUGGUGAAUCCCAAGGUUUAUUCAGUUUUUAUGCCACAAAUAGAAGAUGUAGUUUACAAGUUUCUGGGUAUAGAGAAACCAAAAGCAAAAGAAAGAAAUGGUGGUUGCGGUCUCAAAGAUUUAUUACCUAAAGAUUUGGAUCCAGUCUCACCAGAAUCUGAUAAGAACAGCUUCAAAGACUUAUCUUUUGGAUCUGUGGAUGCGAGUGACAACCUAAAUGAAAAGGAAGAUGAUAAAAUAUGCAACGAAUAUAAGCUGCAGGACAAGUUACCAUACGCAGAUAGAGAUAAUACUGGUUCUGAGAAUGGACAUAUUUCCUCUGAAGAGAAAACAUUCAAUGAAGCUUGUAAGACUCUUAGUGCAGCUAGUAGUAAUAUAAAUUUAAACAUAUCUGGCAAGUCAGAUGAUAAAAUAGAUGAAGAGGAAGAAGACAGUCCGAUCUUUGAGCCAAUUGACAUUAUGAAUCUAAAUGAGUCUAACAUUUCUAACGAUUCACACUUGUCAGGAAUAUCAGAAUUAACUAGUCAUAGGUCUAAAAGCCCAGAUUUUUCAAAUGAAUUGUCACGAGAUAAUUUUGACUGUAGUAAUCAGGAUUCUCAGCUUAGCAAAGUUUCAUCAGAUUCUCGAUUAUCAAUUGUAACGGAUUUUGGUUCUUCUAGCCAUGGCUUAACACCAAUUCUUGACACAUUAAAAGAUGAAACAAUGAAGGAUAAGUAUGAAGCCAAAAAUACUAAAGACAAUUUUAGAACAAUAAAAGAACUUGAUUCAUCUAGGAAUAAAAUAAUUAAAAACAAUUUUCAAUUCAUUAAAUGCAAAGAUAUUCAAGGGAAUAAAGACUCGAAAGAUAUUAAAAAUACUAAAAGUGCAUCUAGAGAAAAUUCUCGUGACGCUACAGACAGUGGUGUGAAGGAUAAUGAGUAUAAAAACUCCAAAGAAAAGGUCAAGGAUAGUGAAUUUAUUAAAUUUAAGAGCACAAAAGAAAAGAUUAGCAGCAAGGAUGCAAAAUGCCCUAAGGAUAAAAAUAAUGAGAAGAAAAAAGUAAGUAGUCAUAGCAGUGUAAAAUAUGAUAAACACAGUAAAAAUAAACCUAAAGAAAAAAUUGAUCAAAUAAGAGAUAAUUUCGACAAAGUUAAAGAUAGCUCGGAAAAUUUAAAGGAGAAUGCUAAUAAAUUGAAGGAUGAGAAGCUCAAGGAAACAGACAAGAAAGAUAAUAUUAAUAAAGAAGCAAAAGAUUUGAAGGAUCUCUAUAAGGAAAAAAUUAGGGAACUUAGAGAGAAGAAGGAAUUAACAGAGAAAGAAAAGUUAAAUAAGGACAAACUUAAUAAGGAAACUAAGGAUAGGAAGGAUUCUUCUAAGGAUAAGAAAUCGAGCAGAAAAGAACAUAAAAAUCCAUCGUCAUCGUCCAAAGCUCCAUCUGUAAGUUAUCAUGAAAAUAAAAGCAGCAAUAGAACAUCAGCAGAGAAAGUUGCGGAUGGCAAGGAUAAAAGGACUGACAUGAAAGAUAAAAUAAGACGAGAGGAGAAACGAUUGUCGAAAGAUAGUAAAAAUAAAACUUACUUCAGUAAUAAGACAGAUCUACCGGACAAGUCUGAGAAAUAUGAUCUAAAAAGAACUUCUAGAGGCGAGAGGGAGGAUAAGACCAUAAAAGCGGAUACGAAGAAAGACGUUAAGAUGAGUGGUGAGAAAACAAAUGGUAAGAAGGACGCAAAGAAUUAUUUUCAAAGCAAAACUUCAGAUCGUAACGACAAACUGGAUAGUAGGAAGGAUUCGAAAAAUGAUAGUCAGCCCAAGGAUAAGAAGCGUAAAGAAGAAAAAAGAUCUAAAGCAAAGGAUGAUCAUUCCAGUUUACGGAAAAACUCAAAUGAUCGACGUUCUACAGAUAGAGAUGGAUCAAAUGGUUCAAACAGUAAAACCUCGCAAUCCAAUAAUUCCAAUUCCAAUUCAAUGAGCCAGAAAUCAAGCUCGUCGAGUUUGACGAAGGAAAAUCAAGUUAACAAUUCUAAUAGCGAAACAUCUGAUAACAUUGAGGAAGUGCAAGUGAAUAACAUAAAAUUUUCGCACCAUUCAAACUGUAAAUUAUUUCACAAAACCAGUUUACAAUCGACUAGUGACAAAAACCAUUUGAAAAUUGAGAUCGACGAUAACGAUGAAGCAUAUGAUACGCAAGAAGAAAUGGAUUCGUAUCAGACGAGUUUGCCUUUGAAAAAGAGACAUUUGUAUAGUGACGAAGACGAUAAGUCAACUUCCAGUGAUAUCGUAAUUAAAAAGCCGAAGUUUGCAAAGAAUAUACACGAAGCUAAGAAAUUAAUGAAAAUCAGGAAACAGAUGGAAAAGCAAAUAAAGGAAGAAUCCUACAAAGAAGAUAAGAAAAUAGAGAAGAUUACACAAGAAACGGAGCAGACGGGUCAAUUAAGUACAACGAGACACGACGUCGACAAUCUCGCGAGCAUGCCGGAUGACGAACGUGUUCAAAUUAUAGAAAUCCCCGACGAGGAAUACGAUGAGCCUUAUCCCGAGAAGGAAUUUAAUUCAACGUUAGAUGAAAGAUCAAUAAUAAUGUUAGGAGCUGAACCAUGCACGAAAGAUUUUCUGAAUAGUCAUAAUACAAAAGCGACUUUGUCUAAUAUGGAGUUGUGUAUAAGAGAAUCCUUAAGUGAGAUUGUAUCGAAUAUUUCAUUGGGAGCAGUAAUCACACAAUCGAAUGAUUCUUAUCGACAGUCUUCUACUUUUUCAUCUGCUGUUUCGACGAUACACACCAAAGAUACAGAAAAUCUACUAGCAUUUAAAGAGGAAUGUGAGGAUGACUUGAAAAUAUAUUCAAAGAGUAAAACUCAGUCGACAGAUGCAAUCGUGUGUGUAGAAAAAUCUUCUGACAACCUGCUAAGAGAGACUCCUGCUUCACCAAACCAGAAAAAAACUACUAUUUUGAAGGAAUCAGAAUUCACAAUACACAAUACAAUACAUAAUAAAAACGCGGAACAACUAAUAGAGGAGAACAAGAAAGUAUGGGAUUAUCAUCGAGAAAAAAUAGGACACGAUAACGAAGAGAUAGAUAUUAAUAAUAGUAAGACAAACAUACAAGAUAACGAGAAAGUAGAAUUGCUAGGUGAAAAGCAAAUAGAAACGUGUAUACAAUCAAAAAUUAACGCAGUGGAUUUACAGAGCGAUUGUAAAGGAACGAUGUCUUUCGUUAAUGAGGACAACGAGGAUUGCCGUUAUUUCAAAACCGAUAAUGAAAGAUCAGAGAAAUUCUCCAAUUAUUUAGAAUCUCUAGAAUUAGUAGGAAGUUCGUCUCUGGAAGAUAUAAUAGAAAGUCUAGGCGGGAAGGUUGUUUCUUCCGUAUCAAAAUCCAUAACGCCAAGAUUCUCCAAACCCAAGCGCUCAUCCAGCCCCUUAUUAGAUAUAUUAGUAAAUAAUUCAAAUAAUAACAAUGAUGGCCACAAACAAAAGCUGUCUUCAUCCACUAAUGAAGAUGUACAUGGCGUCAAGAAGAGGAAAGUAUUCACGACUAAGAAAUCAAGACUUCCGAAUUUCUGUAAUACGCAAGGGAUUUCAAACGGCGAGAAUUUUGUUAUGCCUCUGAGUCCGGACAGUGAUGUAUCUGCAACUAGCGAGAAAACGGCGUCGUCAAAUGCGAUAAAAGAGGAAAAGAGCUGUAUGGCGAAGAACUGACUAUAGGGGGCACCCGACAUUAGCGCCCACGUGUUAUAGUGAGUUGCCUCUGUCUAUCUUGUGAACCCGGCCUGUAAUAGGAUAACUAUUUUUGCCGAAAUAGGAGCAGCCAACGAUAUUCGAGCGAUGACUUGUAUAAACCACGCCCAUUAUUUUCGAGUUCUUCACGUCGAAGCAGACGAUCUAACCAAGCAUAGCUAGUGCCGCAUGGAUUCAGAUGUUGAAAAAACUUAUGCGUUAUAUAAUUUGAAAUCAUAUUUUCCCGUCUCGUUGCGUAAUAUUACAGCAUAAAUUACAGCGUGCAUAGACGUAUUAUAUAUGUAAUUAUAGAUAUAUUAUACAUGUUUGUAUGAAUAUUACACUAAAUACUAUUAUGUAUAACAAUAAUAUCAACCGAACAUAAAAUUUCUUAUUUAAAUUUUAUCCUUUAAGUAUUUACUUAUACAAGUAACUUGAUACUUUAUUACGCAAAUAGUACAUAUCUACUUGUAUGUAUGUAUAUAUGUAUGUAUAUAUAUAAGGAUAAUUGAAAUUCAAAAUUAUUAAAAUUUUGAGAUAGUGGGUUUAAUGUAAUUAACAUAAAAGAAACAUUUCAACGCACUUAUUUCCGCAUGUGAAAUAAAAUCAGAAACCAUAAAAAAUUAUUUCUAUGGUUAUUCUUGUAAAAACAUAAGUCAUUACUUGUUAAAAUAAUCUUUAACAUACACAAUUAGAUAAUUUAUUAUAUAUUAUAGAUAUAGUUUAUUAUAUAUUACAUCCUUGUAAGUUCCUUACUUUUUAAUGAUAUAAAUAGUUAUUUAUAAUGUACGUAAUUAGUAUGCUAAAUAUGUACAAUAUAUUUAUAAGACUGCAACUGUUAUAGGCUAACUUGCUGCUUAUAUAUAUUGCAUACUAAUUCUGGGAAAUAAUUUUUAUAUAUAUACGUAACUUUAUACUACAAGUAAUAUAGUGAUUUAUGUUUUUCAGAAAUAUUCUCAUAACUCUUUAGUGUACGUGUAUAUGUUGUAUGGUGUGAUAUGUGUGUGUAUAUGUGUGUGAGAGCAAGAGCGAUUCAUCCACUGAUAAAAAAAUAUUAAGUAACUAAUAUAAUAUUGUCAAGCAUAAUCUUAAAUUAUAAGUUUAAUCUGUGUGAUACCAUUAGAAAGCUCUGAUAAUUUUUAAUAGUUAUUUAACAAUCUACACAUAUUGUUUCUCUUUUCGUAUAUAUGCCAUUAUGUUACAAUAUAGUUAGUAAUUAUCUCACGUUUUUAUCAUGUCAUAUGGCAUUUAACAACGAGGAUAAUGUAAAAUAUAAUUUUUCAUUAAUUUUUAAAAUA